AUGUUGGCCAGUAGCACUGCCCUCGGCUUCGAUGAUUUCACGGACGAAGGAUCUUCGUCCGUCCUGUUCAGCCAGCAGCCAUGGACGUCUAGUAGUGCAAACAACACGACGGCCGCAAUGGCAGAGGACGACUUCGUUCUCCCUUAUUCCUAUCCGGAGAUGGUGCUGAUCGCCAUCGUUGCCGGCUUCCUCAGUUUCCUCACCGUGGCCGGCAAUUGCAUGGUGAUGAUCUCGUUCAAGAUCGACAAACAACUGCAGACCAUCUCCAAUUACUUUCUGUUCAGUUUGGCUGUGGCCGACUUCGCCAUCGGACUCAUUUCUAUGCCUUUGUUCACCGUCUAUAUAUUGGCCGGCCGGUGGCAGCUGGGACCUUAUGUUUGCGAUACUUGGCUAUCGUUGGAUUACCUCGCUUCCAACGCAUCGGUCCUCAAUCUACUCAUCAUCAGCUUCGACAGAUAUUUUUCGGUGACUCGGCCGCUGACGUACCGAGCUCGGAGAACACCUCGUCGAGCAGGUGUCAUGAUAGCGGCCGCCUGGGUGAUUUCGCUGGUCCUCUGGCCACCUUGGAUCUACGCAUGGCCGUACAUCGAAGGCGACCGCAAAGUUCCAGAAGAUAAAUGCUUCAUUCAAUUCAUCGAAACAAAUAAUUACAUCACCUUCGGCACAGCCAUCGCCGCUUUCUACGCUCCGGUGACGGUCAUGUGCGUCCUGUACUGGCGCGUUUGGCGAGAAACGGAGAAACGUCAAAAGGAUUUGUCCAACCUUCAAGCGGGCAAGAAAAACGACAGCCACCGAUCGAAUUCCAGUGCCAGAGUUCGCGUGUCAUCUGGACCGGACAAGGUUAUACACAACGAACAAACUGGCUGUCCAAUAAACGACUUCUAAAUGUGUAGCCAGCAGCAGCUAGUCAGCCAAGUCUGCUUUAUUGACUUGAAGCUGCGCGUACUGUUUACUUUCGACGGAUGGCUUUGUCAUUUCUCUUGUCUUUGCCCCGAAUGCAAAUUGAUGAGACGCAUGGCCACCAUUCCUCUCUGCCUUCUUUUUAUUAGCCAAUAACGAGGGAGAAAAGGAAUUUGCAUACGUCAGUGUAGCAACGGGGAGCACACAUAAAAUUCAAUAUCCGUUCUGCAUUGUA